CGCACCUCCACACCCUGCAGUCAUGAAGAGCGUUCUCAUUGUUGCGCUGGUAGCGUUAGCGGCUGGCAACAAACUCCCACAACAAAGGCCGUUUGAUAGCACCGUCAGGCUCGCUGAUCCCGGAUAUUUCCGCCAGGGAUUCGCCGAAGAUUCCUUCCGUGAUGGCGAAGGUCGAUUCCAGAGUAAUUCCUUCAGGUCUGAGAAUUAUGAGAACCGAGAAGCCGAAUUCGGAUCGAGUAAUUUUGGACGUUCCGAACUCUUCGAUGAGGACAGCCAAUUCCAAAAGGUAACUGACAGUGCUCGCCGACAGUUCCAGGAUGAAUCACUGCAGCAAAACCAGAAGAAUUCCUUUAUUUCAUCUACCCGCAGUGAGCAGGAUUAUGAACCCCAGAGUCAAACAGCUAAAAUAACUUCCGGCAACCAAGUCGUGUUAACUAGAGGACAGACUUUUGGAAAUCGAUUUGAAUCUGCAAGGCAACAAACUAGUUCCCUCGAGAAUAUUAAUGCCAAUCAAAGAAACUCUGGAGCAAUUUCACCUGUAAGCAAUAACUUCCAGAACUUCGAUAAUGUAUACAACUCAAACAACCGUCAAGGUUCACUUAGCCGUUUCAACCAACAGAAUUCCAACAGACAAGAUAAUCUGAACAAGGUUUUCCAACCCAACUUUGAUCAAGAAAGUUCUAACUACCAAUCCCAGUCUAAUUUCAACCAAAAGAAUUCCGGUAAUAGAUUCCAGUCCAACAGCAACCAGGAAUCUUCGGACAAUCAACUUCAAUUCAACCAAGAGAACUACGACCGAUUCCAAUCUAACUUCAACCAAGACCUUCCUACUGGCCAAUUUCAACCUAGAUUCAACCAAGAGUCUUCCGGCAACCGAUUCCAGCCUAGACUCAGCCAAGACGUGUCCAGUAAUCAAUUCCAGUCUGAAUUCAACCAAGGACUUUCCAGCAACCGAUUCCAACCUAAUUCCAACCAACUUUCUGCUAAUCGAUUCCAGGAAGAAUUCAACCAAGAGCUUUCCAACAGCCAAUUCCAAUCCAGAUUCAACCAGGAUGAUUCUAAUAACCAAUUCCAGUCAGGCUUCAACCAAGAUACAUCAGAUAGCCAAUUCCAGUCUAACUUCAAUGAGGGAACUUCAAGAAAAGGUCCCCAGUCUGACUUUAAUCUAAAGAAUUUUGAUAAUCUCUUCCAGCCCAACAACGGAAAUUCUAGAGUCCGUUUCCAGUCUAACCUGAACAGUCAAAAUUCUAACAACCGCUUCCAGUCUAAAAUUAACAGUCAGACCUCAAAUGAUCGCUUCCAGUCCAGGCAGAACUCCAAUGACCGCUUCCAGUCCAACUUUGACAGUCAGAAAUUUGAGAACCGCUUCCAGUCUAAACUUAACAGUCAGAACUCAAACGACCGCUUCCAGUCUAACCUUAACAGUCAGAAUUCCGACCGCUUCCAGUCUAACCUUAACAGUCAAAACUCCGACCGCUUCCAGUCUAGCUUUAACAGUCAAAAUUCCAAUCGCUUCCAGUCUGAACUGAACAGCCAAAACUCCAAUGAGCGCUUCGAAUCUACCUUUAACAGGCAAGACUUCGACAACCGUGUCCAGUCAAACCUGAACAGUCAGAACUCCAAUGACCGUUUCCAGUCAAAUUUAGAACAGCCAAUUUCGAGUUUCCAGUCCAACCAACAGAAUUCCAACACUCGUCUCCAGUCCAACCAACAGAGUUCCAAUGCUCGUCUCCAGUCUAACCAAGUUUCCAAUGCUCGUCUACAGUCUAACCAACAGACUUCCAACGCUCGUCUCCAGUUUGACCAAGUUUCCAAUGCUGGUCUCCAAUCCAACGAACAGUCUUCCAAUGCUCGUUUCCAGUCUAACCAAGUUUCCAAUGCUCGUCUCCAGUCCAACCCAAAUCAACAAGUUUCUAACAGUCGCAUCCAGUCUAACCAACAGGCUUCCAAUGCUCGUCUCCAGUUUGACCAAGUUUCCAAUGCUCGUCUCCAAUCCAACCAACAGUCUUCCAACACUCGUCUCCAGUCUAACCAAGUUUCUAAUGCUCGCCUCCAGUCUGACCUCAAUCAACAAGUCUCUAACAGUCGCUUCCAGUCCGACUCUAACCAACAGAACACCAAGAACCGUUUCUCACAGUCCUCUGAGUCCGACUCCACCUCCCUCUUCCGAUCUGGUUCAUCCUUCGAGUUUUCCGACGAAGGGGCUUUCGAACCCCUGAACCUUCCAUCGGGUGCCACUUCCUUGUUGGGAAGCAUCUCGACCUCCUUCAGCUGCACUGGUCGCCCCUACGGAUACUAUGCUGAUCAGGACAAUUCGUGCCGUGUCUACCACAUUUGCAAUCCGGCUUACUUUUCUAGCGGCAUUGUGGAAACCUAUCAACACAGCUUCAUGUGUGGCGAGGGAACCGUUUUCGACCAGAGGGAACUGACCUGCGUGGCUGAGUCGGCCGCCAUCCCCUGCCAGGAAUCCUCCGACUACUUCUCUCUGGAGCGCUUCAACCCUCCCGAAGACAGUGAAUUCUAAGAGUUACUGUGACGGUCAAUAACGGAUGAAACAUUUCCCUUUGUUCUAAGAUAUACUGAACAUUGAGGAGAUUGUAAUCGAGAUAAUCUGAAUAAUAAAUAUGAUAUAAAAGUGA